AUGACGGACACCAGUGACAAGCAAUGGGCCAAGGCUUAUCUACUUGAUCCAUUAAACGAACCUGAACCAAACCAAGACACCGGCAUUGGUAACCUUUCAGCUCAAUUCCGCAGCUAUUCUCUUGAGAGCUCCAACUCAUCUUCAAGCAAAGACAACCCCAAAGACCACGAGAGCAAAAACAAGCAUCGAAGCCGUAAACAUCGUCACGGAAGCUAUCCUACUCCUCCCACAUCUGCCAGUCCAACUCGCGACAGCUUCCACUCUUCCAACCCCUUCUCAGACGCUGCAGCUUCGCGACGUCAAUCAUCUGUCCCCUCGGUCUCGAUCUCUCCCCCAAACUCUCCUCCUGGCCCGGCAGAGUCCAACCCGUUUAAUAUUUCAUCCGUCAACCGCUCGGCCAGCGCUCGAGUUCCUGCCCAUCGUAACCGACCUCAGGUUCAGCACAACCGCAGCUUUAGCGCCAGCAACUGCGGAGUCUCUCGUCAACGCUCACUGAGCCAAAGAUACCCAGGCGACAUGUCUCACCGUCCCCUCGACAUCCUUAGAAAGGAGGCUCGCGCAGCUGAUCGCGCCCCUCACCUGCGACGCAAGCAAUUGCCCAUGACUGACACCAUUGACGCUCUCGAUACUAUUGGUGGAACCUAUCAUCAUGGCGGUCCCUAUGACGCAACUCUCGCAAGCCGCAAUCGCAACAAAAAGUACUCGCCCGUCGCAGCUGUAGAGGAGUCUAACCGAGAAGCUCUCCGUGCGACACCAAGAGAAAACAUUCAAGACUCCCUCAAGAAAAAGAUGCCUCUUCAGGGUACUGCCGUCAUUCCCAGCGGCGAGCGGGACUUUAGUGGAAACACCAUCAACUAUGAGGAGGGUGCUGAUCUCAUGAGAGAACCCGACGCCAUGGGUGGUGCGUACAAGCGUUGGGAUGGCAUUCAAUACCAUCCUGAUGACCUCAAGGGCAAGGGUGAGCCUUCUUACACAUAUGAAAAGGACCUCAAGGAGCACAAGCGCAAUCGUGGUGGACCCGCCGAGUAUGAACUCUCUUCCAACAUGGGAACCAGCACACGUCCUGCUUUUACCCACAACAGAAGCUUCAGCGAGAGCCCUCGAACAACCCCAGAGUACUCAAACGGCACCGACAUUCGUCGCAACAACUCUACAGGUCGUCACAAAUUGAGUGACGGUCUGCGAAAGCGUUUCGGCAGCAUUCGACGCAAGAAAGUUGGCGAGGUUCAGUAA